GCACGAUCAAAAAAAAAAAGUAAAUAAAAAUAUAAAUAAAUAAACUUAGAACACAAUCAAUACAUAUUUAUUUGCAACUAAAAAUUUAAUUUGCAGCUAGAUUUCGGGUCCUAAUUGCUAUUACUCAUUCAAUAAUAUGAAUCAAGAUUCAUCAGGAAGACGGUUCAAUACUGAGAGCUUUAGGGAUCAAUCACCAUUGAAAUCACCUGGCUUAAAAUUGCUACAGAAAUUCAAGCAAGGGAACUCUCUCCUUUCGAAAACCGAAAAAGCGGAAUCUCCUAUUAAGGAGGUGACAAAAUUUAACUCUCCAAUGUCAAUUAAAAAUGAUCCCAUGUCACUUGCAGUUGAGGAGGAUUUAGAACUUACUGAUGAGUAUCUCUGUUCCUGGAAUGGUGAAUAUGAUCAUUUUGGCGAUGCAUUUGAUGUGGAAGACUUCAAUUUUGACAUUGAAGACUAUUCAAAUUACAAUACCCCACCUGUAUCUCCGAUUAUACAAGAUUCCUUUGAAGUAUCUGAAAUGGAUUAUUCUACUGUAGAUUAUUCAUUCGAAGAUGUGUUUUAUGAAAACCAACUGUCAGAUAACUAACUAUGUUCCUUCCACUCCAAUUAUGAAAAAGAUUUAUUAGAUAAGACUCAUGUUCAUAUACAUUAAGUGCUGUGAGAAUAAUGUUCCUUGUUAUUUUCUUGGUGUUUCUUUAUGUUUCUAUUUUUUUAUGCCUCUUGUUGUAUUAAAGGUGAAGGUGAAUUAUUAAAAGCCAUUACUAUUUGAAACCCAUUGAACAAGGCUUGAGAAAUGUUUUUAUUUUACACAAAGCUACUCGACCUGAUUUAAACAUCGAAUCGAAUCAUUGAGGUAUUAUUAAGAGGAAUACAAAUGAAAAAGAAAAACAAUUUUUAAAAUAAGUGUUAUGUGAGUAGGUAACAUAAAUUUUCAAUAUUCACUAAUAUUUUCCUAGACAAAGGUAGGUACUUAGUAU